CCACUGCAGGUGCGGGGAGAAAAAUUCGGGCAGUGACGUGGAAGACAGCAGGUUGUGUAACAGCACGGCGUAGUCCAUUGCAUACGGCCAAAAACGAGGAGGAAGAGCUGCCUGCGUCAGGAGAGCAUGCAUCUUCUCUUGCAGAGUUCGGUUCAUCCUCUCUGCUACCCCCAUCUGUUGGUGUGCAUGCGGCAGUGACUGCUUCCGUUUGAUACCGAGGGUCUGAAGAUAUUUUGUGAAAGUGUUGCUGGUGUACUGCCCUGCACCAUCACUCUGGAAUUCUUGCAGUUUCACCCCAGACUCUCGUUCAGCGACGGCGAGCCAUGCGACGAAGACGGAAUGGGCGAGAUACCGAGCGGGAAGGUUUGAUGUCCAGACGUAGCGUGUAGAUGCUUCGAUGAAUGUUAUCACAUACUGCUCGUCUUUAGGUCCUGCUUCAGGUAAAUUUAGUAUGUCGCUGUAGACUUUCUGCAUCAGUUUAUAACGUAUUGAGCCAGGAAAAUGACUUGGAAACGGGUCGUGGAUAAGAUUGGCGACCGGACACGUGGUGCAAACCGUUGGACGAGUCUGCGGCUUCAUCUCGGUGCCGUCAGGUUCAUCAGCUGCAAGGCCACUAAUUUCUCCCCAAAGUGGAGCUGGAGUCCCUUGAAGAGCCUCACGAGUAGUGUAAAAUGUUCGCCAAGCAUUGGCGCCGGCAUCGGCGGUACUGAACUCCCAGGUUCCGAACAAGAACUGUAUACGCCCCAAGAGAGGCGUGUAAGAAACUCUGCUGCUCCAGUUGUGUUCCCACGACAGGAUAAGUAAACUCGCCGGUGAAGAACGGCCAUAGCCCAGCAGACUGCGCAAGAAGCUACAACUCGAAACUCCAAGAGUAAAAAUCCACUCCGUUA